AUGACAACUAAUCGUCAAAAAAUUAAACACUUAAUAGUGGAUUCCGGACCUUUUAUUAAAUUAACGGAUGUUCGUUCACUAGCUGAAAAUGUAUACACUAUACCUGAAGUAGUUUCAGAACUUCGUGAUCAACAUGCCAGAGACUUCUUUAAACAAAUUUCUUUUGACAUCAAGUUAAAGAGACCUUCUGAUAGUGCAUUAAGAGAAGUGAUGAAUUUUUCAAAAAAAACUGGUGAUUUUGCAAAUUUAUCAGUAGUUGAUUUUAAAGUAUUGGCUUUGACUUAUAUGAUUGAGUCAGAGACUAACGGCGCUGAUAAUUUACACUCUGCGACAGAUGCAAGUAAAUCUAAUAAUAACGAUAACAUCAUGAAUAAUCAACAAUUCAAUGACAAUGAUAAAAACAAUCGAGAUUUAUCCAUUGAUAUACAAGAAGAAGAAACAAUAGGUGUUGCAUGCACUACAAUUGAUUAUAGUAUGCAAAAUGUUUUAUUACAAAUGGGGCUUAAUUUAAUAUCUGUGGAGGGUAAAAGAAUCAAACAAAUAAAAAAUUGGGUCUUGCGUUGUCAUGCAUGUUACAAAAUAACUACCAACAUGGAAAAAAAAUUUUGUCCCAAAUGUGGCGGACCAACAUUAAUCCGUACUUCUACAAGUACUGAUGCAAAUGAAUCUAUUGAUGUAAUCAAAUCAAUUAUACAUUCACUUAAGUUUCAUGAUCUUAUCAACAAAUCAUCAUCAUCUGAUAUAAAUGUUAAUCCAGAUGUUUUAAUAAAAAAUUUAUUGAAAGCCAUGUCUGAACAAAUGCGAAAACAUAGUAGAGAUUCAUAUUCUUUGAGAGAUCAUCCUAUGAAUCAUAAACACUAUAUCGGAGAGAUCUCUGCAACUGAGGAAAUAGAUUUUAUACAAAAAUGA